AUGCCAAGGACCCAGAAGACCUCGUCGUGCAACAUGAGCAAUUCCGACACUGUCGGUGUCAUCGGAACCCCGGGAUGCACUAAGAAGAACAAGCUCUCGGCUAUCCUUUUCCCUCGGCUCGAGCCUCCACUACUUGCCGCUGCUCAAGGACCAGGGAACGCCGCUACCGCAAGCGCUAUCUGGGCUUCGUUCUCACGAAGACACAAGGCGCAUCGUCAUUGCCCGCAGGUGCACCGCCAACUAUAUUCGCCGGCUCUUCGACAACCUCGGCUCCCCCGAUAUCGAAUCGCUGGCGGUGCAACUGUAAAGCCGUUCGUCACGCACCAGAACGAUCUCAACCUCGACUUGUACCUACGUAUCGCCCUCGUGUCGUGCCUGGAGCGGCACGUCGUUGGCGGUCUGGACCAGGUGUACGAAAUCUGGCCUGUGUUCCGCAACGAGGGCGUCGAUUCGACACACAAUCCUGAGUUCUUGAUCAUCGAGUUCGAUAUCAGGGACGUCAUCGAGAGCCUGAUCGAGAGUCUCCUGAAGUACUUCAUUGGCGAGAAGACGACGCUAACGUUUCUCUCCGAGGGCACGGACAACGAGAAGGAACCACUUCGUAGAGUGCAGCAAACCCGGAGGAAUGUGCGCCUGCUUGACAAGCUCAUCGGCGAGUUGAGCCUGGUCUACAUCUCUCCCGCCUUCAACGGUAAAUUCGUUUGCGUAAUCGCCGACGGGCGGAUGUCACCACUCGCCAAGUUCCACCAGUUGCAGUCCGGUCUUUGCAAACGUUUCGAAGGCUUCAUGUGCCAGAAGGAUCUGUUCAAGCAACGGUUGCGGUUCGAGGAGCGAGUGAGGCAGAAGGAACAGGCUGCUGCGUCUGCGUUCCUUCGAAUAAUCACACCAUAUCAGGCUGCAACCUGGUCUCCCGCCAGCGAGCGGGGUAUCGGUGUGGGCCGUCUGGUGACGUUCUUGACCGACUCAGCUAUAAGGAGAGAUACUGUCGUUCCCGACGGUAAAGCCGGGCUCCACCGCGGCUAG